AUGCCACCUCCUCUCCUCCUCUUCUUCCUCCUCCUGUUCCUUACCCCCAUGGGAGUCAGGCCCCAGGAAACACACCUACUGGAGGCUAAAGAGGGAGGCAAUGCCGUGCUGCCAUGCCUUGAAGGUCUCUCAGAUGGUCCCCCUGAGCAGCUGGCCUGGUUUCGGGGCUCCCAAUCAACACCCUUCUUAGAGCUGAGCCUAGGGUUACCAGGCCUGGGCAUCCAUGUAGGGCCCCUGGGCACCCUGAAGGAGCCCCAGGGAACCUUGCUGUUCAUCUUCAAUGUCUCCGACCAGAUGGGGGGCUUCUACCUGUGCCAGCCAGGCCCCUCUUCUGAGCCAGCCUGGCAGCCUGGCUGGACGGUCAGCGUGAAGGGCAGCGGAGAACUGUUCCGGUGGAAUGCUUCAGACCUAAAUGACCCAAGCUGUGGCCUGGGGGACAGGUCCUCAGAGGGCCCCAGGCCCUCUUCUGGUCACCCCACAAGGUCCCAGAUCUAUGUGUGGGCCAAGGACCACCCUGAGAUCUUACACACAGACUCUGCCUGUGCCCCACCUAACGGCACUUUGAACCAGAGCAACAACCAUGACCUCACUGUGGCCCCUGGCUCCACACUCUCGCUGUCCUGUGGGGCAUCCCGUACCUCAUUGGCCAGAGGCCCCAUCUCCUGGAUCCAUGUGCGUCCCAAGAAGCCUAGCAUCAAAUUGCUGAGCCUAAACCUGAGUGAGGAUGCCCAACUCAGAGAGAUGUGGGUCAUGGGCACCCUCGGGGGAAAGGCUGUUCUGUUGCUGCCCGAGACCACAGCUCAAGAUGCUGGCAUCUAUCAUUGUAACCAUGGCAACGUGACCACCCAGGUGCAGCUGAAGGUCACUGCCCAGUCAGCAGUAUGGCAUUGGCUACUGGAGACUGGUUGCUGGAUAGUCCCUGUUGUGACUUUAGUUUAUCUGAUCUUCUGCCUGGGUUCCCUGGUGGGCUUUCUUCAUCUUCGAAGAGCCCUGAUCCUGAGGAGGAAAAGAAAGCGAAUGACAGAUCCCACUAGAAGGUUCUUCAAAGUGACGCCUCCCCCGGGAAACGGGGCCCAGAACCAGUACGGGAACAUGCUCUCCCUCUCCACUCCCCACUCAGGCACGGGACGCGCCCUGCGGUGGGCUGCGGGCCUGGGAGCCACCGUGCCGUCCUACGGAAAUCCGCGCAGCGACGUCCAGGAGGCCAGAGCCGCGGGGUCCCGGAGCCCACCAGGAACCGGCCCAGAAGAAGAGGAAGCGGAGGCCUAUGAGGAGCCGGACAGUGAGGAGGGCUCCGAGUUCUACGAGAACGACUCCAGCCUUGGGCAGAACCAGCUCUCCCAGGAUGGCAGCGGCUAUGAGAACCCUGAGGAAGGGGUCUUGGGUCCUGAGGAUGAAGACUCCUUCUCCAACGCUGAGUCUUAUGAGAAUGAGGAUGAAGAACUGUCCCAGCCAGUUGCCAGGACAACAGACUUCCUGAGCCCCCAUGGGUCAGCCUGGGACCCCAGCAGGGAGGCAACCUCCCUUGGGUCCCAGUCUUAUGAGGAUAUGAGAGGGAUCCUGUAUGCAGCCCCCCAGCUCCGCUUUGUUCAAGCUCAGCCUGGUCCCAGUCAUGAAGAAGAUGCAGACUCUUACGAGAAUAUGGAUAAUCCCGAUGGACCAGAACCAGCUUGGGGAGGAGGGGGCCACAUGGGCACCUGGAGCAACUAGGUGAUUCCCUUCAGCAUGGGCCUCCUCAGGCCCCUGAGAUCCACACCUGACUCUGAAAUCUGGGACCCCCAGCAGAUGGCGCCAGCCUCUGGAGCAGUGUUACUCAGGAUGCGUGUUAUCUGUGUACACACACAGUGUACACAAGCGAAACUUCGGCCCCCUUUGCAC